AUGCCAGCAAUAGAACUUUUGAUUCCUUCUUCACGCACAGCGAGAACCGGCACCAAUUCACUUCCGCCUCUUUUUCAGACCCCUUCCGGUCUCGCUGUGGUCGAAAUCCAAGGAACGAUCCACGGACCUUUCCAAGAUCCAACGCCAGAGGAUGAAAACCAGGUACCAACAACUCGCCAGAUCGGCCGCCUAGAGUUCCCGUUAUACAACCCGCAGGCAAGCAAUGAUGACGGUAAAUGGAUGAAGAAAGUCUAUCUCUACGUCGGCAAGCACCAGCGACUCACCGGUGAGAUUAAGAAGUUGGGAAAGCCGUUGGCCGUCAUCCAGAAAGUAGAUCACAGCAGUGGCGAUGAUAGAGAUGCAAACUCAGGAACGAACGUGGGCGAAGCAAAUCAGGAGCUUCUGGAAAUUGUCGAAAUCAUCAGGUUUAAAGUCCUAUUUAGCGCCCGGCCAGAGCCUGUGGGGGAGUAA